AUGCCGCCGCACGUAGCGGAGUCUCCGGCCAAGAAGCAGAGCAAGUGGUCGCCGGAGGAAGAUGCCUUGAUCAUCGAACUUCGGGGGAGCGGAAUGAAGUGGGAAGACAUUUCGAAACGUCUUCCGGGACGAAGCGCCAUCAGUUGUCGACUUCAUUACCAGAACUACCUCGAGAGGCGGAGCGAGUGGGACGAGGAGCGCAAAAACAAGCUUGCACGGCUGUACGAGAGAUUCAAGCCGGAGAUGUGGGCAAAGGUGGCGGAAGAGAUGGCCGUUCCUUGGCGAGCCGCCGAGGCCAUGCACUGGCAACUUGGCGAGGCUGACAUGGCUCGACGGGCCGGUGUCGUGCCAUUUUCCUUGACGGCCGUCAACGUCGACCAACCGGGAGCCGGUCACCGGCACUCGCCUUCCCGUGGCCACAUGCACUCUCAGUCGCAGGGCAGUUUACCUCGAGACAUCGGCGGACCUUCCCCACGAUACGGCCGACCACCACCACCACCACCACCAGGCAUAUCGCCGAUCCCCGGCGGGCGAGCCAUCGCUGCCCGCCGCGAAAGCGUUCCAGGGAGACCACAGAUGGGGCCAGAUCCGAACGAAAUGGCGGGCAUGGGACAAGGCGGCCCCGGGCUAGCACCGAUCCAAGGACUCCCGCCGGGCCGGGGCUCCGGGAUGCUCCCGGGGGUAGCCGAGCUGACGACGGGCGUGAGUCCAUACAGCACCCCGGCGUACGCGCUGGGAGGCAUGCCCACGGCGAGCCCUGUGCCUAGUGCCAGAGCGAGCCCGGGACCGUUGCUCCCGGCCCUCCACUACCCACCACCCCACGAGUCGGCUGGCGCCAAGCGACGAGCGAGUCCAGGCACGGAGAUGAUGGGCUCAAGGGAGACGAGCCGGCGACGGCACAUGGACCCCCGGCAGGAGGAGAUGGAUCGACGGCGUGUGGCAUGA